GUAAAAACAGCAUUCAACAUAGUUUGAGAAGAUACUAUAUGGAUGUAAAAGCUGGAAAAUUGGUGUUAAAAUUAGAGAAAAUUAAAUGAUUUUUUUUCCAAUAUAAAUGUAUAUUCCCAAUCUCUUCACUAGCACAACCUUACCUUCCAUUUUCUGCAAGUUCUCCAAAUCUCAUACUUUCCACAAAAUAAUUUUCCCAAGAAAUAACCCUUUCCUCUUUGCUCAUCUCCCCCUCUCCCCAACAGCAGCAAACACGGCCUACCAAAUGGAGCUAGGAGGAGAUUCCUCUCCACAGAGGAAAACUGCAGGGAGAGGAAAGAUCGAAAUCAAACGGAUCGAAAACACAACGAACCGUCAAGUCACUUUCUGCAAACGCAGAAAUGGUUUGCUUAAGAAAGCUUACGAACUCUCUGUUCUUUGUGAUGCUGAAGUCGCACUCAUCGUCUUCUCUAGCCGUGGCCGUCUCUAUGAGUACUCAAACAACAGUGUCAAAGGGACAAUUGAGAGGUACAAGAAGGCAAUAUCGGAUAAUUCCAACACUGGAUCGGUGGCAGAAAUUAAUGCACAGUAUUAUCAACAAGAAUCGGCCAAGUUGCGUCAACAGAUUAUCAGCAUACAAAACUCGAACAGGCAAUUAAUGGGUGAGACGAUAGGGUCAAUGUCUCCCAAGGAGCUUAGAAAUUUGGAAGGCAGAUUAGACAGAAGUAUCAACCGAAUACGAUCCAAAAAGAAUGAACUCUUAUUCGCCGAAAUUGACUACAUGCAGAAGAGAUUUGAGCAGGAAGUUGAUUUGCAUAGCGAUAACCAGCUUCUUCGUGCAAAGAUAGCUGAAAAUGAGAGGAACAAUCCAAGUAUGAAUCUCAUGCCAGGAGGAUCUAACUACGAGCAGAUUAUACCACCGCCUCAAACGAACUCUCAGCCGUUUGAUUCACGAAACUAUUUCCAAGUCGCGGCAUUGCAACCUAACAAUCAACAUUACUCAUCCGCUGGUCGCCAAGACCUAACAGCUCUUCAGUUAGUGUAAUAUUGGCUGAAGCAUGAAGGGAUGAUGAGUGAAUAAAAAGCUGAAGUGGUUGAGGAAUGAGCAAAAUGAAACUAAUCCAAUAUUGUUAUAUAAGUGUGUAAUAUUUAUAUAAAUUUCACGAAUGUUGUGUCGAUGAUUUCCACGCUUAUUUAUAUUGCUUAUGUUAAUGUGAAACUAAUAUCCUACAAGACA